AUGGCAACAUCAUUAACGGACAAGAAACCAUGCAUUAGAUGUGAUAAAGGAAAUGGUACUAUAAUGUGUUAUGGAUGUCAACAAUCUUUUUGUAUAAAACAUAUAUUAAGCCAUCGAGAGGAUCUCAACAUACAAAUGGACAAUAUUGGACAAGAACAUGAUUUUCUUCGACGAGAUUUAAAUCAAGAAAACAAUAAUAUACAUCCUAUUUUGACUCAAAUUAAUACUUGGGAACUUGAAUCAAUUGUUAAAAUUCAAAUAGCUGCUGAAACUGCACGAAUUAUUUUACGAAAAAUAAUUGAUAGAAAUAGAAAUCAAUUAAAACUUAUGAUGAAUAAAAUACAUGAUAAUUUACGUUCAAGUCGAGAAUCAAAUGAUUUUACUGAGAUUGAACUUGAAAAAUGGACUGAACAAAUAAGAGAACUUCGUCGAUUGAUCGAAAAACCUGUUGCUAUUGAUAUUAUUGAAGAUGAAAAUAUACAAUCAUCAAUUCGUUUGAUUAAAAUAAAAGAAAAUUUUAAUGAGUCAUUACGAGAAUUAUGUUCAUAUACUCCUGAAAUAUUUGAUCAAACUAUUGGAUCAGUAACACUUUCAGAAAAAAAUUUUCUAGCAACAUGUUCUGAAAAUUAUUAUCAUUAUUCAAGUGUUUAUGGUAAAAAUUCUUAUUCUGCAGGAAUUCAUCGAAUUCGUUUUCGAAUUGAAAAUAUAACUAUGAACAGUUUAUUUUUUGGUAUUUUGCCAACUUCUCAACAAAUAGUACCAUGGAUUCUAGACUCAUCAUCGAUUUAUGGUUGGUGGGGACUUGAACGGAUCAUUAUUAAUGGUAAAGAACAAUCUGUUAAGAAAGAUAAUAUUUUAAAAAUAGGUGAUGAGAUAACACUAAUAUUAAAUUGUGAGAAUAGACAAAUUCAAUUAAAACAUCAUCGAACAAAUAGAUUCGUUCAAUUACCAAUUGAUAUUCAAAAAUGUCCAUUACCAUGGAAAAUUCUUGUUUCAUUAUCAAAUCAAAAUGAUUGUGUACGUAUUUUACAUUAA